UAGAGGUGGCGAUGGAUGCAGCGGCGAGGGAACCCAGCUUCCUUUUUUAAGAAUCAGUGUAAGCAAGGGAGCAGAGCCGCGUUAUUUUGGGGAGACUUUGUCGCACUCCCCCCUCCUCCGGGUAGGUAGCAUCUGGGAUGUGUGCGCCCUGUUCGUAAUCCCCCCAUGGAGAGACGCUGGCUGCUGCAGCCGGCAGUAACCCGACCCCGCCGGCGCAGGGACUGAAGAGGCGCCGGGGAAAACAGCGAGAGGUGAACAAAAGCCCUCGGCGUGGGGGCCGGAGCCCGGACCUGGGGGACUCCAACAAAGGACGAGACUCAGCUAUGGUGGACCCGGUGCCAGAAGAGGAGAAAGAGGGAGCGGAGCCUGGUGGCUCAGAAGGGGAUGGGGCCACAGCGUCCGUGCCCCCCGAUGUCCAGGGAGCCCAAGAGCCUGCUGCCUCCUCGGCCUCAGCCUCCGCCGCAGCGCCCCGCAAGGCUGAAGUCCCCUGCGGGGCAGAAGGUGGGCGUCGGGAGCAGUCCCCGCUGCUGCACCUCGAUCUCUUCAACUUCGCCUGCCCGGAGGCUGAGGGCAGUCGCUAUGUCCUGACCAGCCCUCGCUCGCUGGAGGCGUGUGCCCGCUGUGCGGUCAAGCCAGUGGAGCUGCUGCCCCGGGCCCUGGCCGACCUGGUGCGCGAGGCUCCGGGCCGCUCCAUGCGCGUGGCCACGGGCCUGUACGAGGCCUAUGAGGCCGAGCGGCUCGCCAAGCUGCAGCAGUGCCGUGCCGAGCGCGAGCGCAUCAUGCGCGAGGAGAAACGACGCCUGUUCACACCCAAGGGCCCGGCUGCAGCCCCGGCCCCGGCCUCGGCCUCGGCGCUGAGCGCGGGCAGCAGCAGCAGCUGCAGCAGCGGCAGCAGCCUCCCGGCUUCGCCCGCAUCGCGGGUGACUCGAAGGACUUCACCUAGUCCCCCCGCCAGGACCAGACCUCCGCCCGCCGCUGCUCGGACAGGUAGGAAGAGCCACUCGUUGGACUCGCUGUCCCGCCGGCGGGACGGUGCCCUCAGCUCCGAAUCCGGGGCCUCGUCCUCGGGGUCCUACAGCGGGGAGAGCCUGAGGGAGCUUCGCUGGCCCCCUCGAGCUUCCGCCAGGCACAGCUACCCUGCGGGGUCCGCGUCGUCUGCACCCAAUCCCCUGGGCCGCCCUUCGGCCCUCGAUCUGGCGCCACUCUCCCUGGAGGCCAGCUUGGGCCGCGCGCAGGAGAACUACGAGCAGCUGCAGGAGCAGCGCGCCCGGGAGCUUCGGGAGCGAGCCCGGAAGGAGGAGCUGCAGGGUCGGCGGGCGAAGGAGGCGGCCGAGCGCAAAGAGCGCGAGCAUCAGGCGCACUUGGAAGCGCUGGCGCGGGCCGGCGAACGACGGCUGCAGCACGCGGCGCAGGUGGCCGAAGAGGCGGUGCAGCAGAAAGCCCGGCGCGUGGUUCAGACUCGCCUGGAGAAGGAGAGGACCCAGCGAGCCAACAAGGAGAAGGUGGAGCGCGACGAAGACUGCCGCCGCCGGGAGCUGCUGCAGGCCAUAGGGCGCAAGCUGGAGCGCAGCGAGCAACUGUCCCGGGAGAGGCGAAGCGCGCUGGAGAGCGCUCGCUCCACAGCCCGGGCCUCCUUCCACGUGCGGGAGAAGGUGCGGGAGGAGACCAACACGCGCUCAUUUGACCGCAUGGUGCGAGAGGCCCAGCUACAUGCCAGCCUGGACCGUAAAUGACAGCUGCCCUGUGCGCAGGCCAUACUGCUUUAUAGAGCCAGGUGGGGCCGCCCUUAGCCGCUUCUUCCAAACUCGAGGCAUCUAGUCCAAGGGCCAUACCAUGAACUCCCCAGACUGAUGAACCAUGAGACAAUGAGAAGCCAGACGCGGUACUUUUCCGUUUGCCACGGUUGCUUUACAGACUUACAUCGUUUGGAAAUGACAUGACACAAUUUACUCACAUCCACCUGUGUCUUUGGGUUGGAAUAGAAAAUAGCUGGGGAGGGGGAGGGUCCCCCUAGGAGAGAGCACAGAGGUGAAUGUUGGGUUUUCUGCCACAGGUGUCGGUGUCUUGGACAUCUUUCUGACAUUUGUGUCUAAGAUGACUUUCCCUUGCAGCAGCCGAGGGGAUAUAGCCCAGACUCACCUUUAUCUUCCAAAAUACAAGUUGCACAGAACUUAAAGUCUCCCAAGAAAGCACAGCUCUUCGAAGAUGUUAGUUCACGCACAAAUGACCACAAAAGCUAUUAGUUUUGAGCGCUGGACUGUUAAUCGGACACCUGAACAAAUUCUCCUGUUCCCAUAAUCUUUUUCAGUUGAGUCCUUAGGCUUUCUAGUUAGACAAUCAUCUGCAGAUAAUAAUCAUUUAUUCUCCCA